AACCGACCUUUUAUAAUAUACAGGUUUACUUACCAGUACAACAAGUUGACCUCCAGUCGAAGAUGACCUCUCAGUUGGAUAACAGCCGAGCUACCCUUAGGCUCUUCCUGAACAAUCACCCAGAGAUCAAAUAUGUGUCGCCCACAGAUCCCGAGUUCUCCUCAUUGAAGAUAAUCUACAACCAAUCCGUGUCUGUUGCCCCAAUGGCCAUCGUCCGGCCCCAAACGGCAAAUGACGUAGCGGCUCUGGUCUACUUCUGUGUUGGUAGUUCUAUCCAAUUUACCAUCCGCUCAGGUGGGAACAAUAUAUACGGAUUGUCUUGCGUCCAAGAUGCUUUGAUGAUCGACUUGCGGGACAUUAACUACAUUGAAGUGGACCAGACCAAGUCAUCCGUAACAGUGGGUGGGGGGGUCAUAGUGUCCAAUCUUCUUAGGGAGCUGUCUAAAGACGGACUUGUGACACCUACAGGUGCGCUCGGUUUCCUAGGUAUUGUUGGGUGGAGCACAUACGGAGGAUACGGACCGAUCAUGUCUAGGUACGGUCUCGGCGUAGACAACAUUCUGGCGGCGAAAGUCGUCAAUGCAAAAGGAGAGGUUGUCGUUGCUAAUAAGGAACUGCUGAAGGGUAUUCGUGGAGCGGGAGGAGCACUUGGCGUAAUUGUGGAACUGACGGUGAAGGUUUAUCCGUUGGGUCAGGUUCUUGCUGGCAUGAUCAUCUUUGACUCACAGGAUAUCACAUCGACGUAUAAGAACUUUAAUGCCGGAUAUCAAGCACUACUGGAAGAUGGCAGUGUUCCACUGGAGCUGGGCAUAUACCAGUUUAUUAUGAACGCCCCUCAUGGGAGAGUAUUUGCUUUGGCAUUGAUCGCAGCCCUUGGCCCCGUCAUGAUGAACACCGUUGAACCGAAGACGAUUGCAGACCAUAUUGAUUUUAUAGGAACACAAGUUCCCCAGCGCGCAUAUGGUACGUGCCAAACCGUGAGUAUUCGCAAGCUGAAUGAGGAUGCCACGGAGAUUCUAGGUAGGGCAUUUGAGAAGAUGCCCUCCAGCUUUGGGACGUCAUUCGGCGUGCAUGAGCUCCGUGGUCUUUCGGCAGCUCCAAACUCCGAUUCGGUGUUUUCAUCGAGAGAGCCUCACUUUAUGCUAGAGUUAAUUUCUUUGGUGGCAAAGGAGGAGGAGGUGAAUGAAUCUAUCGAGUGGGCCACGGGUCUUAAAAACGAACUACUCCAAAUGGACCCCAAAAACCUUCUCUCAGGGACGUACAUCUCUGUGACUCAGCCGGGCGACGUACCGUUAUCCAAAAUUUAUGGCCCUGGCUCCAACUUCGAGGCCCUGCUGGGUCUCAAACGGAGGUAUGAUCCUCAGAAUGCGUUCAGCCUAGCUGUACCUAGAUUAGUGGAGCAGUGA